AUGCUGGACUCCAUUGGGAAAUGCGCGGGACAUUCGGGUUUCCGCGAGUGGAAGAUCAAGCUUCGACACGCAAUCAUCCUCCACGCGCCGGAACUUCUCCCCGUCCUCAACGGGAAUGCGCGUCCUUCGGCGACCGCGGCGAACGCGGAGGAUGUGGCCGCGUGGGACAAGGCCAACGGUCGCCUGUUCUCCCUCCUCUUCGUCGUGACCUCCGAGUCUGCGCAGCUCACUGUCCGCACUCACGAAGGGGCGGCGGAUAGUGACAUGGGGGAUGGGACGGCGGCCUGGAGAGCUCUCAACGAGCGUUUUGAUGCUCAAACCCAGGAAGCUCGGCGUGCGUGUCACAACGAGCUGUUCAACCUGCGACACCUUGCGGGCGGCGAUCCCAUCGACUUCUUCACAAAGGGGUGGGAUCUCAAGCUUCGCCUUAAGGUGCUGGGGGAGGAAGUGUCGGACCUAGUCUACCUGGACAUCAUGCUCUCAGGCCUGACCAAGGCCCCGGUGUUCGAGUUCAUCAGGGAGAUGCACUACCGCGAUAAUUUUACUUCAGUAGACAGUCUCCAGGCGACGGCUAAUUGCUUUUUCGUGGAUCAGCAUUCGCGCAACGCGUCGGGCCCCGUGGUCUCAGGCCGGGGGGCUGCGAUGGCGGUCGCGUCCGACACCGACCAGUGCCGCCGAUGCAAGGCGUACGGACACUUUCAGCGCGAUUGUCCCCAACAGGUCCAAAAGAGCCGUCCUAAGCAGAGCAAGAAGAAGGGAGCCAACAAGCGAGGAAGUGGUGGGAGUGUACAGCCAAAGUGGUGCUCCUACCACAACACCAAGACACACAGCGAUGCUGAGUGCCAGAAGCAAAAGGAGAUCCGGGAAAACAAGCAAAAGGAGCUUGAAGGGUUGGCGGCGAACCUGGCGCUCCUGCAGUCAGUUGGCCAUACCAACUUUCUGCAACUCUCCAAUAUCGGGAGUGCUCAGCUGGCGCAAUCGUCUCCGACGGUGGCGCAACAGGCUCCGUCAGAGCCGACUUCGUUCGGGUUCUCCUUCAACGCCCUCGGAACUUCCUUGGCGGAGGCAACCUCGUCGUCUGCCUCUUCCCAGCCACCUCCGGCGGCGUCUGCCGCCACGCAAGCGGCACCUGCAUCUGCCUCAUCAACGUCGAGGGCGCAGGACUACCGACUGCCUUCAAGGUUCUUCGGUGCGUUCAUGGCGACUCAUGCAGAGUUGUCGCUUGCUCCUUUUCGCUCCGACGGAUCGUCCAUCCGGAUGGUUGUGGACAGUGGAGCGACAGACAACUACCUCGACCCUGGGCUUACACCAGGGUUGCGGGCCCACAUGCGCGACGUCGAACACCUUCGGGUCCCACACACGAUCGUCGCCGCGGGCCAGCAUGUCCUCAAAGGCGUAACGACGGGGACUAUCUUCGGGGCUGUCACGGACGACAAUGGGAACGACCGGCACGUCUCCUUACGCGUCAUCUUGGUCUCAGGGCUGGGCACCAACCUCUUCUCCGUGACAUUGGCGAUGCUAAAAGGGGUGGCGACGUUGUUUCAUCCGGACAACCCCAGGUUGGAGUCAGGGGACGUGGUUUUCCCAAUGCAGACCGUCGACACCCUUGGCCCCUUCACACCUACGGCGUUGGGCGGAUUCAAGUACGCCACCAAGUUCGUGGACCAGCAGACCAAGUGGGCGGAGAUAGUUCUCAUGAAGGACAAGACCUGUUCUGUAGACUCCCUCGCGUUGUUCAAUAAAGGGACCGUGGUUCCUACCGGAGAACGCAUUUAUUGCCUCCGUGGGGAUCAGGGCACAGAAUUUACGAGUGCGGAAUUCCGUCAGUACUGUCAAGACAUCGGCAUCAAGCUGGAGUUCGCCUCUCCGAACACCCCUCAGCAGAUCGGAGCCAACGAGCGUGCGGGUCGGACGAUUUUGAAUGUCGUGCGCUGUCUGCUCGCUGACUCAACUCUACCGAACUUCCUUUGGGGGGAGCUGAUCCAGACGGCAGUCUACCUGAGCAACCGGGUUCCUCAUGCAGCCCUGCAAAACGGGACGCCGUACAAGGCGCUCUACGGCAAGGAUGCCUACCUUGGUCACCUUCGGGUGAUAGGGUCAAGGGCGUUCGUGCACGAAGAAACCCACACCAGGAAGCUGGAGCACCGUGCUUGGGAAGGACGCCUUGUCGGAUACAGCAUGGACAGCAAGUCGUAUCGGAUCUACAACUCUGAGACGCGACGUGUACGGGAUUGCGGGCUCACAUGCGCGACGUCGAACACCUUCGGGUCCCACACACGAUCGUCGCCGCGGGCCAGCAUGUCCUCAAAGGCGUUGCGACGGGGACUNGCGCAAGGCUGGAACCAAGUACCUGGACUGGACUGCGGCGGCACCUACGCUCCGGUGUGCAGGUUACAGAGCAUUCGGAUGUUAGCGUGCAUAGCCGUGCAGUUCAACCUGGAGUUGGAUCAAAUGGACGUGUCCACAGCCUUCCUCUACGCUGACAUCCUCGAGAACGUGUUCGUCGAACAGCCACCUGGCUUCGAGGUCAAGGACAAGGAUGGAGGAAAUGCAUCGGUGAGUUUUAAGUCGGGGAUACAAGGUCCAACUGCCAUGUCUACCAUGGAGGCAGAGCUGAUUGCAUCGGCACUAGCCAUGAAGGAAGCAGUGUUCUGUUCUAACAUACUAACUGAGCUAGGGUUCGGGAAGGAGUUUGCGCAAGUGCCGCUGUACUGCGACAACACGGCGACGCUGCACGCGCUUGGAAACCGCUCCUCCUUCAGCUCGAGGACAAAACAUAUCGCACUUCGCUUCUUUUACAUCCGAGAGCUAGUAUCGGAAGGACGGAUAUCGAUCCAUUACAUCCCGACGGACAGCAACCCUGCCGACAUCGGGACAAAGCAUCUUAACAAGCAUCGGCUCAAACACCUGCUGGACAUCAUCAGCAGUUUCAACGUCAGCGACUUCAUCAGCAACAAGUUCAAGUUGACGAUUUCUCAGCAGACUUUCACGAAUGAGCUAGCAACAGAGUAUGGAGUAGCGGGAGGUAUUUCGCAUCUCCGAAGCUGGUCACUGGAAUGCAGCGAUGGAUAUUUUAUGCUAUGCGAGGAGGACGAGUCACUUGGUAUUUCGUUUCAGAGAGGUACUACGGUAGAGGGUUUCAGUUUGCAGGGGUACGCUGAUGCAGACUUUGCAAGCAAGUCAGCAGACCGUAGGUCGGUAUCAGGGGGGAUCGUCACGUGUGGAGGAGGCGCCGUGUCUUGGCUUUCCAGAACGCAGAAGUGUGUUACGCUUUCGACGACUGAAGCAGAGUACGUCGCGCUUGGUGACGUGGUGAAGGAGGUCUUGUUUUUGAGGCAGAUUUGGCGUUUCAUGUUGCCGCAGGUCGGUAUGCUGUGCAUCCCAGUUCGAGGACAACCAGGGGGCGAUUCAACUAGCGCAGAACCCCAUCUCAAACUCGAACUCGAAGCACAUAGAUGUAAGGCACCAUUUUCUCAGGGAACUGGUAGAGGAAGGAAAUUUCGGUGA